AUGGUAGAUUUUAACGCUAAACUUUUAUCGCCUUCCUUCCUUUCUUUCUUUCUUUCUUUCUUUCUUUCUUUCUUUCUUUCUGUCUUUCUUUCUUUCUUUCUUCCUGUCUUUCUUUCUUUCUUUCUUUCUAUUAUUCUUCCAAUUCUCUGUUUGCUAGAUUCUUCCAAUUCUCUUUUGCUAGAUUUUUUGCUAGAUUCUUCCAAUUCUCUUUUUGCUAUUCUUCCAAUUCUCUUUUUGAUUCUUCCAAUUCUCUGUUUGCUAGAUUCUUCCAAUUCUCUGUUUGCUAGAUUCUUCCAAUUCUCUAUUCUUCCAAUUCUCUUUUUGCUAGAUUCUUCCAAUUCUCUGUUUGCUAGAUUCUUCCAAUUCUCUGUUUGCUUUCUUCCAAUUCUCUGUUUGCUAGAUUCUUCCAAUUCUCUUUUGCUAGAUUCUUCCAAUUCUUUUUUUGCUAGAUUCUUCCAAUUCUCUAUUCUUCCAAUUCUCUGUUUGCUAGAUUCUUCCAAUUCUCUGUUUGCUAGAUUCUUCCAUUCUCUUUUGCUAAUUCUUCCAAUUCUCUUUUUGCUAGAUUCUUCCAAUUCUCUGUUGCUAAUUCUUCCAAUUCUCUGUUUGCUAGAUUCUUUCUCUGUUUAA